CUCUAUAUAAAGACAUAGAGUCUCCUUUAACAUUCACUGUCAGCAAUUUGAUAUGUGGAUAUUCGGAUGCAAAGGCAACUCUGGCUUUUCUGCUCGUUCCACAGCUGAAGAAGUAACACAAGGGAUCGACGGAGCUGGUCUCACUGCCAUUGUUACUGGAGCAUCAAAUGGUAUUGGGACAGAGACCACGCGUGUUCUAGCUUUACGUGGUGUGCACGUUGUUAUGGCAGUGAGGAAUGUUGCUUCUGGUACAAGAGUUAAGGAAGAAAUACUAAAGGGGAUCCCCAGAGGUAGACUCACUGUUAUGGAAAUUGAUCUCAAUUCACUGGCAUCUGUACGAAAAUUUUCCAGAGAGUAUAUUGCCUCGGGUCUUCCCUUAAACAUCCUAAUAAACAACGCAGGAGUCAUGGCACCUCCAUUCACUCUUUCGAAAGAUAAUAUUGAGCAACAGUUCGCAGUUAACCAUUUGGGUCCAUUUCUUUUAACCAAUCUUUUGCUCGAGACAAUGAAAAGCACUGCACAUAAAACCCAAAAGGAAGGGAGAAUAGUUAAUGUAUCAUCAGCACUCCACCAGAACGGGUACAAAGAAGGGAUUCGUUUUGACAAAAUCAACGACAAAGCAAGCUACAAUGGCAAUGCUGCCUAUGGACAAUCAAAGCUUUGCAACCUAUUGCACACUAAUGAGCUUGCAAGGCGAUUCAAGAGGGAAGGAGUAAAUAUAACUGCAAACUCGCUUCACCCUGGAAUCAUUGCAACCAACUUAACGAAUAACCUUGGCCUUACCGGUUGGGUGCUUAAUACUUUUGGAAAGUAUCUUCUCAAAAAUGUUCCGCAGGGAGCUGCAACGACAUGCUACGUGGCACUGCAUCCUCAAGUGAAAGGGCAGAGUGGUGAAUACUUCAUGGACAGCAACAAAGCUGAAGCCAAUGCUACAAGUUCCCUGGCCAAGGACGCAGUAUUAGCUAGCAAACUGUGGGAUUUCAGCUUGACCUUGACAAAUGGGAAGUAAAUAAGCCUUGGACAUAUAUGCAACUCCCAGUUAAAUAAUAUUGCAACUCCAAGAGACCAAAGAAAUUAUAAUACCUUCAACUCUGCUCUCUGUAGUUUGUAAAAUUUGCAACUUUCAAGCUGAUGGUAGAAAAAGUGUGUAACUGCUUUUAUUACAAUAACUUCACUGAAAUAUAAUGGUGUUGAUCAAGGCAUCUACUUUAUCUACCUGAUCCAAGUCUUAGAACAUAAUUCAAAAGAAUUUAUAUUAA